ACUGUCAAUUUUCGGAUCGAGGUUAAGACAGCAGUGAGCAACAAAUAAGUGAGAAGCUCACAAGUGGUCAGAGGCGAUUGGUCCUGGCCAAUCGGAGGGCUUCCAUACCCCGAAAAUAGUCUACAAUGCGCGCAAGCUCCAGGAUUUCGCUACAGUCAGACGAGCCUCUCACAUUGCGUUGAACACGUGGUCACGAGGGAGUGCAGUGUUAUUGUUUGCAAAAUCCUUCCGACAAAAUUAUCAGAAUUUAUUGUCAUAUUUAUUGUCCAGCGUAAAUGAUGGAGUCCAAAGACGAUUUCGAUUUGUUCGUGGGGGGAAAGUCAGGUGUCUUCAAAGGGAUCAAAUACGAGAAGAGUCUGUGCAAAAUGAAGAAUCUGCAGAGUUUAGUUUCCAUAACCAACGACCAUGAGGUGACGGCAAUGGCCUGGAGUGACGAGAAUGAGGACGAAAUUCUCAUUGGAUAUGGAACGAAAGACAAGAAAGGGGUGAAAAUUUAUGAGUGCGGAACCUCAUCGUUUGCUUCGACAUUCACUUGCGACGCUGGAGAGGGCUCCAUCAGGGGCAUUUUACGAUAUGAUGACGCAAUAUUAACAGCAGUGGAGUCUGGACACGUGAAGCUCUGGAGGCACGAGGACGACGGGCACCUGCUAAUCGAAGCCGGCAACAAUCUGCACAGGAUGAGACCCUCAAACGUCGACAAAAAUGUCAUUGCCACUGGGGGAAACGAACACAAGCUGCAAUUAUUCGACUUGGAGAGGAAAACCAGGAUAUUUGAGGAAAAGAAUGUUCGUCACGACUGGCUGGAGAUGAAGGUUCCCCUCUGGAUAUCGGAUAUUGGGUUUCUGUCGGAGUCUUCGCAGAUUGCAACGUGCAGCAGAUAUGGACACGUUCGAUUGUACGAUCCUAGUGCUCAGAGACGUCCAGUUAUUAAUUUAGAAGUGAAGGACCAAGCAUGGACUACUCUAGCUGUAGCUCCAAAAGAGAAACAUAUUAUCGUUGGUUCAGGAAAAGGAAUAAUGAAUCUUAUAGACCUUCGAAAUCCAGGAAAGGUACUGAACACUUACAAAGACUCUGCAGGGAGCAUAACAUCGAUCGCCUGCACGAAGAGUCAUCCCUACGUGGUGAGUGUCAGUCUCGACAGGCAUCUGCGUGUGCACCACCUCGACACAAAACAACUCUUGCACAAGACCUACCUCACCUCGAGAUUGAGCUGUAUGAUCCUGCGAUCGAACGCCACACUGGACAUAAAACGCUCCGAGAAGGAGAAACGAGGGGACAAGGGUGUGACCGAUGGAGCAACUGAAGACGAUGAGGAGAAAGAAGCUAAGAUCAACGACGAGUGCGACGAGAUAUUCGAUAAGAUGACGGUGAUCGAGGGUGAGGCUGAUGAGGCGAAGCUUCCUGAGGGCAAGAAGAGGGCACUGUCUUCCAGCACGAGAAGAAACCCAGCGCACAAGAGGAAUCGAGUCAAGUGAAGGAGAAAGUCAAUAUUUUUCGAGGUUUUGACGUUGUUCAGACUUAAAAUAAUUUACGAGUAGACUAUUUUUCCAUUUUUCGCGGCGUUGGACCAGUAGAGCAUGUGAAAUGUUCUUCACAAAUUUUGUGUUGAUAAAUCUCUAUAUUUGUAUUCUACAUCAGAAUAAAAUUUUAGCUCGAGUUUUGAUUUGUGAUGUCUUCCCUCAUAUUUUACGAAGGAGAAUCCUACAUUGGGCCCCAGUAAAUUGAGUUUUUUGCUGUAAAAAUGUCAAGUACUUAUUGUUUAAUCUUUAAAAAUGUUUAAAGAGCCAAAAGUGGAGGAGAAAAUCCAAUAUUUUAAGAGGUUUUGACGUCAUUCAGACUUGUACGAAUUUUUCGAGUAAAUUAUCUUUCCAUUUUUCGCGGUGUUGGACCAGUAGAGCAUGUAAAAUGUCCUCACAAAUUCUGUAUUAAUAAAUCUCUAUAUUUGCAUUCUACAUCAGCAUAAAAUUUUAGCUCGAGUUUUGAUUUGUGAUGUCUUCCCUCAUAUUUUACGAAGGAGAAUCCUACAUUGGGCUUCAGUAAAUUGAGUUUUUUGCUGUAAAAAUGUCAAGUACUUAUCGUUUAAUUUUUAAAAAUGUUUAAAGAGCCAAAAGUGGAGGAGAAAAUCCAAUAUUUUAGGAGGUUUUGACGUCAUUCAGACUUGUAAGAAUUUUUCGAGUAAAGUAUUCUUCCAUUUUUCGCGGCGUUGGACCAGUAGAGGAUGUGAAAUAUCCUCACAAAUUGUGUAUUAAUAAAUCUCUAUAUUUGUAUUCUACAUGAGAAUAAACCUUUGCCUUAAGCUUUGA